UCACCAUCGUGAGGAAAACACUUUGAAGACAGCAAAAGUGAUUCUCUUCCUCUUCUUUAUUUUCCAACAAGUAUUUUGAAAAACUAGAGAAACACAAUAACCAAACAAACCCUCCAAUAAUGACUGAAGCUGAAAAAGUUACCGAAGCCGUUGAAGCAAUAACCCUAAAUGGAGUUGAAGCCGACGACGAUGUUGUUGACCCAUGGAAUGUGACAAGUAAAAAUGAUGCUGGCAUUGAUUAUGACAAACUUAUAAAAAGGUUUGGUUCAUCAAAAAUCGAUGAUGCACUCAUCGAGAAAUUUGAAAAAGUCACUGGCAAACCCGCACAUCACUUCAUUCGACGUGGCAUCUUCUUUUCGCAUCGGGAUCUUCAUAAUAUUCUCAAUAUGAAGGAACAGGGCAAACCAUUCUAUUUGUACACCGGUCGUGGACCGAGUUCGGAGUCUCUGCAUUUGGGUCAUCUGAUUCCUUUUAUCCUUACCAAAUGGCUGCAGGAAACAUUCGAUGUUCCUUUGGUUAUUCAGCUGACAGACGACGAGAAGGUGUUGUGGAAGGAUUUGAAGAUAGAGGAUGCCAUCAAAAUGGGACGAGAAAAUGCCAAGGAUAUCAUCGCCAUCGGAUUCGACGUGAACAAGACUUUUAUUUUUAAUAAUUUGGAAUUUAUGGGGAAAUGUCCAGCAAUGUACCAGAACAUCAUCCGCAUUCAAAGAUGUGUCACAUUCAAUCAAGUUAAAGGCAUCUUCGGUUUUGGUGACUCAGACAUUAUCGGCAAAAUCGGCUUUCCAGCGGCACAGGCGGCGCCUGCGCUCUCAUCGACCUUCCCCUUCAUAUUCGGUGACAAGAAAGUGCCUGUGCUCAUUCCGUGCGCCAUCGACCAGGAUCCUUACUUCAGGAUGACCCGUGAUGUUGCACCUCGGCUGGGAUUCCCUAAAUGUGCCCUCAUCCAUUCGGCGUUCUUCCCCUCGCUGCAAGGAGCGAAAUCGAAGAUGUCAGCGAGUGAACAAAACUCGACGCUCUCUCUAACCGACACACCGAAGCAAAUCAAAAACAAAAUCAACAAAUACGCCUUCUCUGGUGGUCGAGCCACUGUGGAGGAGCAUCGUAAACUGGGCGGCGUUCCCGAUGUCGAUGUGGCGUAUCAGCUGUUGAAAUUCUUUUUGGAGGAUGAUGCGAAGUUGGAGGAAGUGCGAGUGGCUUACAGCAAAGGAGAACUGCUGACUGGGGAGAUCAAGAAGCUGGCAAUUGAGACAAUUACUCCCAUUGUUGAGGCGCACCAGGCAAAGAGAAAGGAAGUCACGGAUGAAGUUUUGGAUAAGUUUAUGGAAAUAAGACAACUUAAGUUCGGAAGUUAAGCGAAUUACGAUGAAAAUAAUUAUACGCGCAUUUGUACUGAACGCUGGUAUUUUUUUAAAAAUGUAAUCACAUUAUUUUUGUUUGUGUCAAAUUCCAUUAAUUUAUUAAAUCGCACUUAAUUUUUGUAUCUUUGGCUGACGAACUUUUUAAAUGCAAUGAAUAAAGCUUAUGAAUUUAAAUGAAAUCAAAA